AUGUCCCAAGAGAGGUUCUAUGGAGAUGACCGGAGGGUUAACGAUCGGCUGGAGUUGUGGAGGCAGACCUUGGAGUCUAAAGGUUUCGAGUUGAAUAGGACAAAAACUAAAUACUUGGAGUGCAAGUUCAAUGUGGGGACGCAGGAAAGAGAAGUGGAGGUGAAGCUUGAUACACAAAUCAUCCCCAAGAGAGAUAAUUUCAAAUAUCUCGGGUCUAUUAUUCAGGAGAACGGGGAGAUUGAGCAGAAUGUUACUCAUCGUGUUAGAGCGGGGUGGAUGAAGUGGAGGCUUACGUAUGGUAUUUUGUGCGAUAGGAAUGUGCCUCCAAGACUUAAGGACAAGUUCUACAAAGUGGUAGUGAGGCCGAUUAUGUUGCAUGGAGUCGAGAAAGACCGGAUUAGGAAUGAAGUUAUUAGGAACAAGGUGGGUGUGGCUCCUGUGGAAGACAAGUUCCGAGAAUCGAGGCUGAGAUGGUUUGGGCAUGUGAAGAGGAGAGACACCGAUGCCCUGGUGAGGAGAUGCGAGAGGUUGACCAUAGCAUGGGUAGAGGAGAGGUAG